AUUAGAUCAAUCUGAUAUCAAUGACGUUCAUUACGUCUUAUACACUUAUGACGUCACCGGAAGUGCAUAUUGAUGACGUUAGCGUCAAGGACACGCCGAUCAGUCGCAAACGAAGUAUUGAGCAAGAAGGACGCUAAAAAAACACAAUGGAAUAUUUAUUUGAAAUUAAAAAUCUAUCUGAAGAGCCGACAAUCAGGCUUCAGCAACUUCGAGAUAUGCAGGCGAAAUAUGCGCAGGAAGCGAGGGAGAAAAUUUAUCACGAAAUCAAAAUACAGAAAAAUCGAGGCAUCACUUUUAAUGAAUAUGUUGCUGGAUUUGGCUUCCAUAAUUACUACACUUUGUGCAGAUCGGAAUUGGAGCGUUAUUUAAUAACCGGUAAAGAAUAUACAGCGCCGACGAAAUUCGACCACCUUUUGCCCUAUUCUGGGUUGAAAAUCGACGAUAUUUUAGUCGACACAAUAACACAUGCCAGGCAUAGCAUAUGUCACGUGCAAUCACAACCGCCGUCGCCGGUAAAGCAUAGUUCAGAAGAGCCAACACUAAGCUUCGAAGCCCUGAUGCUAGGGUAUUACCCGCAUGUGACCAUUCAAGAAGCUCUGAGAGCUCCAUUUGAACCGGUUUCGGAAAAGGUCAAAUACACUCAGACAAAAGAAGAAACGCGAGUGUCGGACAACGGAUCUACUCACGCCGGCUAUCGUACCGACGACGACAGAGAAAUGUUCAUUACUGCUCUGAAAACAAAGUUCUCGACGUUGAUACAAUCGUCUGCAGCGGGCGAUCAGAAAGGAAACAUCCGCAGGAAAGUAACUGAUAUGGUUUCUGAUGUGAAAGAGUCCGCCAUCUUUGACCCGAUACUGGCCACGGGAGACAACUCUAUGACCGCGGCGAAGGCCAACAAGAAGCAAAGUGUGGCGGCCAGGAUUGGAAAAUGGCUGAGACGUUUGUUUUCUUGCACCAAGAAGCCUGAGCUUACUUGCUGACUGUGUCCCUUUUUUAUAUAAAUAUAUCAAUGUUGUAUGAUUAAAACUUUAAAAAAGAUUUUCGGGUAAAAUAAACUACCCGUUUGAACCCAA